AUUAUCAGUGGCUUGUUCCUGUAAUGAAAGGAUGGCUAAAUAAGACAAUAAUGAAGACUAAUAUAAAGUCAGAUGAAUGAAGUCUUUAAUAGUACUUGUCUCAAAUGACAAUUCUUAGUGCAAGAGAAGAGCAUGAACCCUUUGAUAACUGAUUGAGUGGUGGCAUAAAAAAUUAGUCGCAGGGAAAGGGCUACAGAAAGAGCAAUAAAAUGAGGUGGUAAAGUCAAACGUCCUUCACACUCUCCAUCUCAACGACUUGAUUGGACCUAUUAUUUACGUAAGCUGUUAAGUCAAAACAAAAAGUCUAAGGAUGACUAUGAAGAAACAAAAACAAUCGACACCAUUACUGUGUUGUAAACAAAGAGAUGGUGAUGAAUUCUCAAUUCUGCCGAGGGACCUAUCCAGUAUUCACUUUCAUAAAUAGUGCCAGAAACUGAAACUGAAACAGGCCUCUUGUAGUAAGAUCUAGUAACGUAACAGAAAAGCGCCCUUCCCACUGCACUCCCUAUAAAACCUGCUUUAACCCUGUCAGUUAAGUGCAAAAAAAGGGGUCACGAAGUUGUUAAGCUGUUCCAAAAAAGCAACCCUUACCAUCAGGGAGUCCGGAAAUAUAGAAAUACUUCAGUUUAUCACGUUGACAGGGCACCGCUACAAAAAAUGCUCGAAUGAAAUAUUCAUCCCUGCAAUCUGACUCACACUGUGGAGGUCCCCCUCGCAGGUUUACGUUGGAAUAUUUAUCCCCGAUGCCUCGAUCAAAAUGUCCAAGAUUUAAAUGUUGGGCAACUAGGACUUUUUCUUAGAUGUUUGACCGUGAAAUAUGCGCGACGUUUACAAAACUUUACAAACGCAUCCCGCUCACGAAAGUCCGCCAUGUUUGUUUUCACAAACCAGUACUUAGACUCGCUCGGCCAAAUUUCUUAACCGGGGCGAAUUAACCGGGGCGAUCAUAGAAACUCGGUUCCAGGCCUCACUGCUUGCUCCCCCCGCUGCACAUCACGGAUGCUUCGGAGAGCGAAUUUCCCUGUGAUAGUCCAGGAUAUAAAGGGAAAGUGGACACGAUAACCGACCAACUGUAAUAGUCUUGACUUGGUGGUUUAGAGAACGAACGCGGCAAUUUGUCGAACCUUACAAUCUUUUCUGGCUUGAAAAUGGCAGAACAGGCAAAUAUUGAAGCCGUCCUGGCCGAAAAUCAACGUCUUCGUCAGUCGCUAGUGGUAAUGGUGACUGAUAGAAAGAAGAUGGCGUCGAAACUAACGGCAGUUCAAAACCUGGGACUGCAGUUACAAAAGAAGGAGCAGCAAAUCAAGACUCUUCUAGAAAAAAAUGAACGGCUUGCAGGCUCUCUAGCAAGAGCAGAGAACAGAAUAACACAGUUACCGUCGGGCGCUCAAAUAGGCGCCCUUGUUACUCCUGGUGUGUCGAAGAAAGUUUUGGAAGCUUUAACUCGCGAUAACACGAAACUAAAACAAGCGUUGGAGCAUUUAACAAAUAAAGGGCCAGCUGGAGUUGACUUGGCUGUGGAAAACCAGGAUCUAGGUGAAAUGUGCAUGACUAUAAGAGGUAUAAGGGAUUUGACAAGUGAUGAGUUAAGCAAACUCAAAAUUGCACCUGAUGCUGUACAAGGACAAAAUACACAUGCUUUGAAAAGCAAAGUAUUGCCCCAUGUCACAAAGUCACAUGUAGAUGGGAACCUGAAUGCCAAGCAGAAUGAGCUGCAAUCACUCAAGGAUGACAGGAUCUUAAGAAAGAUCUCAAGAGAGCUUGAAAAAGAGCAGAAAAGGCUGUUACAGCGAGUAAAGGAUACAAGUAAUGAACUCCGUGCCAUAUCAAGAGAUCGUGACCAGAAAGAAGGUGCACUUAAUGAACUAAAGAUGGAACAUGAACUCAUGCAGAAUGCACUGCAAGAAGAGAAAGAAAGGCUGUUGCAGGAGCUAAGGGAAACAACUGAUAAACUCUGUGCCAUGGCAAGAGAUCUUGACCAGAAAAAAGGUGCACUUAAUGAACUAAAGAUGGAACACGAACUCAUGCAGAAUGCACUUGCAGGAUAUGAGAAUGACUUUAAGACUGAGAGACAAGAGAAAGUAAGGGCUAUGUCAGACUGUGAUCAUGUUUCUCAUGAGAGGGAUCAACUUGUUCAAUGCUGUGAACGCCUAAAGCAGGAGGGUAUUGGUUUGUGGCAAUUGAGUCAAAACCCUGAGCGAAUGUACGCACAAGCUCAGGCCCAACAACAGCAGGCUAAAGUGGCAUGUGGGCAUCAAACAUAUGGCUGCACAUGUGCAUCCCCUGUUCUGGAACUUUGGCAAAAGCAACAAGCAAUGAGAUCAAGAGGAUUUGGAAUGGAAGCAAGUCGACAUGGUUUUACUGAUUCACCAACCUCUCCACCAAAACAAACACCUCCCCUGUUACCUUGGCACCCCAGCCAGGGGAGUCAUCUGCAGCUGCACCCCCACUGCAGAAAGUCAUGUCCACAAGGAAUUGUGUUACAUGUAUUGCCGAUGAACUUGGAUUGGCCAACUUCCUUUCUGUUUUUGACACAGUCAUCAUUAGACUGAUGACUUAGUCCUCACAGAAUUGAGCAUUGCAUGACAUUCGGCCUAGAUUAGGUACAUAUCGAACAUAUUCCAAAAAAAUUGCCUCCUGCAUUGGCAUCUUGAAGAGAAGCAGGUCUUUUGUUCCUUGUGGGUCCUUUUGAAACGCUCCUAUCCAUCUAUAAUGCUAUAGUUCAACCUCAUUUCGAUUACUGUAGCGUCGUAUGGGGGAAUUGCAAUAAAUCUCUUUCCAUUAAACUACAAAAACUACAGAAUCGCUUUGCGCAUAUUUUGACCUCUUCAUACGAUGCCAAUGCGGAUAAUCUCUUUGUUACUCUUGGCUGGCAAAAACAUAAUCUUCAACGAGAAUUAAAAACAGCCACUAUGGUCUAUAAAUCUCUUAA